AUCUGUUUGAUGACCCUAUCCUUAAUGCCGCCGCUGAAUUUGUUGCCACUCAAGUUCCUAAGCGAUACGCUUAUGCUAAAACCAUCCAGAGCUUUCUUCAAAUCUUUCGCCACCACCAUGUCUGUUCAAUCGAGCUCUAACCCCAUCAAAUCUCGCCUCAAGGGAGUGGUAUUCGACAUGGACGGAACCCUAACAGUCCCCGUCAUUGAUUUUCAGGCCAUGUAUAAAGCCGUCCUCGGCCAAGAUCUAUACGUUUCCAUCAAAUCAAAUUCCCCUUCUGGGAUCGACAUUUUGCAUCAUAUUGAACAAUGGGCUCCUGAUAAGCAACAAAAAGCUUACGAAAUCAUUGCGGAUUUUGAGCAACAAGGGCUCGAUCGACUCCAGAUUAUGCCUGGUGCUGCAGAGCUUUGUGGUUAUCUUGACUCAAAAAAUAUCAGAAGAGGACUGAUCACUCGUAAUGUUAAAUCAGCCGUUGAUUUGUUUCAUGAACGAUUUAGGAUGUCAUUUUCUCCAGCGUUGAGUAGAGAAUUUCGACCUUAUAAACCAGACCCUGCUCCCCUGCUUCAUAUAUGUUCAUCGUGGGAAGUUCAACCUAAUGAAGUAAUGAUGAUUGGGGAUAGCCUGAAGGACGAUGUGGCUUGUGGAAAAAGGGCUGGAGCAUUCACAUGUUUGCUUGAUGAAACAGGGAGGUAUGAUUCUCCUGAAUAUGCCACUGUUGAACAUAAACCAGAUUACAAGAUAUCCUCCCUUUCUCAACUUCAUUUGCUCUUGGAGACCAAUUUUGACUUAACGCCUUGACCACGUUAUCGACAUCCCAAAGAUUUAUACACGAGAUUCGAGUUUAUGAUCCCAUCAGGUCUCGUUUUUUCAAGAUUUUAUCGGUAGAAGCAGCCCUGACAUGAUGAAGAUUCUUAAGAUCACCAAUUUGGCGAACUUAAAAAAAUGGUUGGUCGAAUCGUUCAAGCACUGAAGGAAAAUAGAUCAGUAUGCAAACAUAUGUGUGGGAUAUACUGGGUCCGUUUGGUUUUGAUUUAAACAGAUAUUUACAUGGUUGUGUUUCUGGCCGAAUCAAUGAAAAAGAUGGUAGAUUUUGUAAAACGAUUUGCCUGUUGAACCAAAUUUAUGUAAUAUAACAUACGUUACAUGAUGCUCAAACUUGAA